AUGUCCUAUUACGACAUAGAUGCCAUUCUCACUGAUGCUGAGAAAGUCCCCUGCGAGUUCAACCUUGAUGUGCCAGAGCUAGGAUACCUCGACAACAACCCCGCUCAUGCUCUCAAGGCCGGCACCAAGAUCGGCCUCCCCCUCUGGCUCGCCGAGAUGCUUGCCCUCGCCAACACCUCUAGGGCAGACGACCCAGACGAGGGCCGCUCCUUUGUCUCCCUGAACCUCCCUCCGGCUCUGUCCAACGAUGUCGUCCAGGCUCUCAAGGCCGAUCCCCGCGCCGUCACUCUCCGCGAUCAAAGCCCGCACUUCUACGGCCUCGCGACGCGUAUGCUGGACCUGUUCGAGGAGCCCGAGCUGGGCGCCGUGGUACGCAAGACCUUUGUCGUACGCGCGAACGAUGUUGGGCUACACGCUCGCAAGGCUGGUGGUGGAGUUGGCCGGGGGAAAGAGGAGGGCAGCAACCUCGGCGUUGGUGGUGCUGGAGAGGAGUUCCUACGAGGGCUGGACGAGUGGGAAAGACAGCUCUUCCGCAAGGCGCACGAUGGUACAAAGGCCGGCAAGGAGUACCUAGAUAAUGUUAAGAAGGGCUGA